UUUUCAUUCAUUCCCUGAAUUUCGAAGAGUGAAGUUCCUAAUUCUUAAAAUUUUAGUUAUACUUUUAAAGUUGAAAAUUGGCGUUAUACGAAAAUCAAAAUGUCUGCUCAAAUACCAAUACAAAGUUCUUGGGAGGAGUUCAUACUGCCGACAAGGAUUGCCUUCUUGACUCAAGAAAAAUUAAACAAAUUGAGAAAAAUAGAGUUACGUAAGAAGGUGAUCAUUCACGAUUUAAUUCGAAAUAAUCAGAGUGUGCUGGAUCGUUUAAAAGAUCUGAGAUUCUAUAGAGGCAGUCAUUCAGCGAAUCUGAGAAGAACAUCAGAAAUUCUUGAUGUCAAAUUGACUAAGGCUUUAUAUAUUAAGAGAAUAUUGGAAAUAACUGUCCGCGGAAAGAAGAAGAAGGAAAUACUGAACAUGGAAAUAUCCGAAUUAGGUGGAGCGAUCAGACACCAGAAAACUCACAGGCAUCGUGAUUUUGAACCAACCAUAUCUCCACUAGCCAUAUAUUCAAAUGAUAUGCGGAAUCGCGGAAUGAAGAGAAAACGAGAUUAUCGAUAAAAUGGAUUGAAUCAAGAUAAAUUAAUAAACGAAUGUAAAUAUUGUAUUGCUAUUGUAAAUAAACAUACAGUUAUUUUGAAAAUAAAUUGGUUGGGAAUUAAAGG